AUGGAACCCACUUGGAGGUUGGGAGCUGCAAGGGCACGAUACAUCUUGAUCGAAGUCAUGGUCCUUAUUGUAGUAUCGCUUCAUCGUCUCUCCCCGUACUCGCUCACUCUCGAUAAGGUCAUGGAGAUGGGGGAUAACGAGAUCUCGAUAGCGAUAGGCGCUAUCAGCGGGUCCCUCCAGAGCUCCCCCUCCCAGAGCUCCUCCCGCUCUCAAGAAUUCCAGAAGCUCUGGAGCCCGGAGCGAAGGGUAAGCUCUCACGCACAGUGGCAACCCGUCCCUGCACAGCAGCGCCACGUUACGGAGUAA